AAAUUAACAUAAGUCCAAUAGUCAAAUAAAAAUAAACAAAUAUUUAAUCAUCAAAGAAUAUUCUCCAAUAACAAGUUUUUUAAUAAAAUCUAAAGUUUUUUUUUUUUUUUAAAUUAAAACUUUGACUCACGCAGUCCAACGACAUUUAGAAGUCAGCCAUCUUGCGAUCCUAAUCAAAGAUCUUUUGCUAGCGGGUUUCGUUGUCUGGUUUUUCGGCCAGUUAAUAUCAACACACACUUCAUCAGAUGGCUUUAAAACGAAUUAAUAAGGAACUUCAAGAUCUUGGAAGAGAUCCACCUGCACAAUGCUCAGCUGGCCCUGUAGGAGAAGAUUUAUUCCACUGGCAGGCGACUAUAAUGGGACCACCUGACAGUCCGUAUCAAGGAGGUGUAUUUUUUCUUACAAUUCAUUUUCCCACAGAUUAUCCAUUCAAACCACCCAAGGUAGCAUUCACGACCAGAAUUUAUCACCCAAAUAUAAACAGUAAUGGUAGCAUUUGCUUGGAUAUAUUGAGAUCGCAGUGGUCUCCAGCGCUUACUAUUUCAAAAGUUUUACUAUCAAUAUGCUCUCUUCUGUGCGAUCCAAAUCCCGAUGACCCGCUGGUCCCAGAAAUAGCGAGGAUAUACAAAACCGAUCGAGAGAAAUACAACGAAUUGGCCCGUGAAUGGACGCGCAAGUAUGCCAUGUGAUGCGUCAAUUUCUGUUGAUUUCAAAUAAAAAAAAUAAAAAUAAACAAACAGCAACAACAAACAAAAAAAAUAAAAUAAAAAUAAACACCACCACCAACGAGCAGCCCCAAGCCUAAUGCCACUUAUCUCGUUCAGCACCGAUUAAAACUAGCAAUUGCUCGUUACAAUUAUGAUGAUGAGGAUAAUGGUAAUUUAAUAAGUUGUGCCGCAGUUCACGCUCGCAGUCGCAUACGCUCAGGUCUCAUGAAAAAAUAAAAAUUUAAAAACAAAAAAAAAUGGUAUUAAUAAUAAAUAGCAAAGCAACCACGUGAUUACCCACGCAAAAAUAAUUUAUCUCUCUUCACUUCAUCCUGGUCAAUAAUGAAGCCUGCGAGUUUUUUUUUGCGGGACAACACGAGGCUAUUCGAGGCACUUUACAAGGUGGUCACACUUACACUAACACACGUUUUAAAAACAAUUUGAGAAAAAAAAAUGUCCGCUUUGAUUUUUCAUAAACAAUAAAACUAAAAUAAAAAAUAAACAAUAGGAAUGAAAGUAGGAUUUGUAUUUGAAUUAGUUUAAUUUUCAAUGAAUAUGUGCUUAUAUAUAAAUAUUAAUUAAUUAAUUGUAAUUAUUGAUAAUAAUAAUAUUUACCUACUUUCUCAGUGACUAAAAAUUCGUACCAUCACAUCGGUUGUUAGUUUUUUAAAAUUAUAUUCGAUACUGAGCGUUGCCCGUCCCUGGAAACAAUGCGGUUAAUUUUUUUGUAAGACUGGGCUCUAUAUAAAUAUUACUUCAAUACCUAUUCCGUUUUGUUUCAUUAUUAUUAUUAAUAUUAAUUACUACUACUGAUAAAAGAAAAAAGAAAAAAAAACAAUAAAUAUGGCACCUGUAUUUUUAAAAAAAUGAAUUCGUUAGCAUCUUAGCUCGUUUUGACGGUGUGUGAAACAUUAAGUAAAAUAAUAAUUUAAUUGUUUAUUUAAAUAUUUGUGGCUGAACGGCAAAAUGUGACAAAGGCUCACUGGUAUAUAAUAUAAAUAAUUAUAAAUAUCAGUUGUAUUUAUAAUGAUAAUAAUAAUUAUAAUUAUUAUUAAUUAAUUAAUUUUACAAUGUUCAAAAUUAAAUGUUCAAUCACUUUUUAAAAAAAUAAUUACGAAUAAUAAUAAAUCAACUCUUUUUUUUGCGUUUUCAAUAAUUUAUU